AUGGCCGCCGAACCGACACCCCCCGGCGAGGGGCUCCUCGUGAUCCACGUAGCCCUCUACCGCAUGGCCACAAGAUCAUCGGCCGAAGCAUAUCGGAUCCUCGGUUACAAGACUCACCACGGCCUUGACGAUGUUCUCGGCAGCCCCUGGGUUCUCUUUGAACAGGCGGCCGAGGCAACUUGGCCAGAUGCUCCCAAGGCGCGCCCGAGGGCUCGGUUCACACGCGCCGACUGGGACCAGCUAUGGGGCAAAGAGUUCGACAUUGCGACCGAUAUGUCGUCCCCCUUUGCUGACCAACUGAUUGAGGCCUAUCCAGAGGCCAAGGUGGUCGUCGUCCAGCGUGACUUUGACAAGUGGUGGCCCAGCUACAAAUCGGAGAUGCUCGACACGCUCUUCCCUCUCAAGCAGAGGAUUAUAUUAUUCUUUGUCACGAAUCUUCUUGGACUUCGGGCCGGACCGGCAAUGGAGAAGGUCCAUUUCGGGUUCUUUGGGGCAAAGAACUUGGACGAGAUUGAGGCCAACGCUCGCAAGGCAUAUGAUGCCUACUAUAAGAGGAUCAGAGACAUGGUCCCACCAGAGAGAAGGCUGGAAUACAAGAUGGGUGAUGGCUGGGAGCCUCUCUGUUCCUUCCUCGGGAAGCCGGUCCCCGAUGUGCCCUUUCCACGACUCAACGACCGACAGGCUCACAGUCAAGGCACCGAAGAAAGACGUGUCAUUGUGUUCAAGAACAUCUUCAAGAAGAUCCUACCGGUCGUGGGAGCCGCACUUGCAGUUGGACUUGCCUGGAGAUUAUAUGGUUCAUAG